ACCGAAGUCCCGCCCACUGACGGCAGCUGGAGGACAGAAAGUGACUGAGCAGCGGCCACAAGGACAUGCCACAGUGCCUGCUAGAAUCUUCAGCUGUAGACGCAGAACGCGCCUUCAGUCCAUUUAAAGAAUAUGAUUCCAGUGACCGAAUUCCGGCAGUUCACAGAACAGCAGCCAGCAUUCCGGGUUCUGAAGCCAUGGUGGGAUGUGUUCACGGACUACCUCUCUGUGGUCAUGCUUAUGAUAGGUGUGUUUGGAUGCACUCUGCAGGUGAUGCAAGAUAAAAUCAUAUGCCUUCCUCAAAGAACAUUCUCGCCAAACCAAACAGAGCUGAUGUGCCCACCUCCUUCUACAAAAAAUGAAUCAAUAGUGCCUGUCCAUGAGUUGAAAGGACUAAAGACGAACUUGGAUAUUCAGCAGUAUAAUUACAUAAACCAAAUGUGCUAUGAAAAGGCACUGCAUUGGUAUGCUAAGUACUUCCCUUACCUGGUUCUCAUACAUACUGUCAUUUUCAUGGUGUGCAGCAAUUUCUGGUUCAAAUUUCCUGGCUCCAGCUCUAAAAUUGAGCACUUUGUAUCCAUUCUGGGCAAGUGUUUUGACUCCCCAUGGACUACGAGGGCACUGUCAGAAGUAUCUGGGGAGAAUCCUGAGGAGAAGGACAAGAAGAAGAACAGUGCCAGUAGGUCAAACCUUGAUACUCCAGUUGGUGAGGGCAACCUGGAAAAGACUCAGUCUUUGAGAUCCAUUCCUGAAAAGAUUGUUGUUGAACAGCCAGUAGCAAGUGUCCUUGACAAGAAGGAAGGAGAGCAAGCCAAGGCCUUGUUUGAGAAGGUCAAAAAAUUCCGCCUGCAUGUGGAGGAGGGUGAUAUAUUAUAUAUGAUGUAUGUCCGUCAGACUGUUGUAAAAGUACUCAAAUUUAUCCUUAUAAUUGCAUACAACAGUGCUCUGGUGUCACAGGUUAGGUUCAGUGUUACCUGUACUGAGAACAUGCUGGACAUGACAGGCUACCGGUACUUCUGUUGCAAUCAUACUAUGGCCCACUUGUUCUCCAAGCUCUCCUACUGUUAUUUGUGUUUUGUUGGAGUUUACGGACUUACCUGCCUUUAUACAUCCUACUGGCUGUUCUAUAUUUCUCUCAAGGAAUACUCUUUUGAAUAUGUCAGGCAAGAGACCGGAAUUGAUGACAUCCCAGAUGUAAAGAAUGACUUUGCUUUCAUGUUGCACAUGAUCGACCAGUAUGAUCCCUUAUAUUCCAAGAGAUUUGCAGUUUUUCUCUCAGAAGUGAGUGAAAACAAGCUGAAACAGCUCAACCUCAACCACGAGUGGACAGCUGAUAAGCUUCGGCAGAAGUUGCAGACCAACAGCAAUAACAGACUAGAACUUCAACUCUUUAUGCUGUCGGGUCUCCCAGAUACCAUCUUCGAGGUGACAGAGCUGCAGUCUUUGAAGCUUGAGAUUAUUAAUAAUGUUACCAUACCAGCAGCCAUUGCCCAACUAGAGGAUCUCCAGGAGCUUUCGCUUUACCAGUGCUCGCUCAAGAUCCACAGUGCAGCCACCUCCUUCCUCAAGGAGAACUUGAAGGUGUUGCGAGUUAAGUUUGAUGAUGCCCGUGAACUUCCACAGUGGAUGUAUGUGUUGCGAAACUUGGAAGAGCUCCAUCUGAGUGGCUCUUUGAGUUCUGAUGCAUCAAAGAAUGUGACCCUAGACUCUCUACGAGAGCUCAAAGCGCUGAAGACACUGACGCUCAAGAGCAACUUCACCAAGAUCCCUCAAUCCAUUGUGGAUGUGGCCAGCCAUCUACUACGCCUCUGUGUUUGCAAUGAUGGCACCAAACUGGUCAUGCUAAACAACCUGAAAAAGAUGGUGAAUCUUACAGAACUUGAGUUGGUGCACUGCGAUCUGGAGCGCAUACCACACGCCAUUUUCAGCCUGUCUAAUCUGCAGACUUUGAAUCUGAAAGAGAACAAUCUACGCACCAUUGAAGAGAUUGUCAGCUUCCAGCACCUCAGUAAGCUGACCUGUCUGAAGCUUUGGCACAACAGCAUUGCUUUUAUACCCGAACACAUUAAAAAACUCACCAGCUUGGAGCGCCUCUACUUCAGUCAUAACAAGAUCGAGAUCCUACCUUCACAUUUGUUCCUGUGCAACAAACUCCGUUACCUUGAUGUUUCCAAUAAUGACAUCCGUUUUAUCCCACCGGAGAUAGGCGUUCUCCAAAGCCUUCAGUACUUCUCUGUUAGUUGCAACAAAAUUGAAAAUAUUCCCGAUGAGCUCUUCUUCUGUAAGAAGCUAAAGACUCUAAAGCUUGGCAGAAACAUGCUGUCUGUCCUCUCACCAAAGAUUUCUUUCCUAGGUGUACUGACUCACUUGGAGUUAAAGGGUAAUCACUUUGAGUUCUUACCAGCUGAACUUGGCCAUUGUCGCGCCUUAAAGUGCAGUGGACUUGUCGUAGAAGACGCGCUGUUUGAAACGCUGCCUACAGAAGUCAGGGAACAAAUGCAAGCAGAGUGAUGACUGUUUUGCUUUCAUGCCAAAUAUUGUAAUCUGACUCCUUAAGAGGCAAGACUCCAGGGGUUUCGUCCUGUAGUAUGUAUAGUGAUCUAUAUGGGUGAGUACUUGUAAUUUCAUGUUUAGAGCUGGACUUGUGCUUAAUGGCCUUUUAAUGCAAAAAAGAGAAAAAUCUAGGGAUGAAUACCUUUUAAUGCCUUACAUUGUAUAUUAUGGAAAAGAUGCCAUGUAAACAUUUUAAGAUACAUGUAAGAUACAAAGAUACAAAGAUUUUCUAUACAUGUAAAUCAUAAAAUUAGACAAUUGACAGGGAUUCAUUUUAAAGACAGUGGGAUGCAAUUUCAUUGCAUUCUUUCACGGCAUUUGACUGACAUCUGCUUUAAUAAUUCAUUAAGCUUUUGCAGGUCAAGUACUGUACAACAUGUUUUGCACUGGAAAUAGUGAUAUUAGAAUUUGCACUAGAAACUUUAACAUUCCUUUUAUUUGACACGUUAUGUGUAUAUAGGACCUUGCAAGGAUUUGAAGUAUGUAUUAUAGGAAAAUAGUUAAUGUAAACAUUUAUACUAGUAGUAUUUGUUUAGUUUUUUUCUUCCUGCAUAUUUACUCUGAUAAUUGUUAAGCUUUUGGAAAGCAGGAUCCUUAUGCAUGUGUUCUAGGGUAGAUUUACAUGUUUAUCGUAGCAUUACUGUUUUAGUGAUGAGUUUGUCUGCCGUUGGCAGUAGAUCCUGGGCAGAUAAAGGUAACCACAUUUCAGUAUACCUCUUAUGUUCUAGUUGUACCUAGCUUCAAAUGUCACAAUAUGCAUUUCUAAAGGUUUUUUUUUCUGCUGUGGUUUGCUUAGUUUAAACAGUACUUGACUUCUCUGGUUGAAGACAGAAUGCAGAUGAAGAAAGCAUUUUUCUUACCUGAACUUGGUCUUUUAAUGUACACACCUUUUUCUUAUAAACCAAUAAUGUACUACAAAUAGACAUUUCUAUUUAUUAAUCAUAUUAGUCAACAGUAUUUGUCAUUUAAGCUUGAAUUGUAACCUGUUUCCAUUUCACGAGUUCACAUCUACGUAUAUUAAUACCGUAAGUUUAUGCGUAUUUGGCGUGCUGUCCGGGUGGAGGGCUCCGAGCUCGGGAUGUGGCCCGAACCCAGAGUACUCCCCCGGGUUGUGGUAAGAGUAGAUGGAUCUAUAAGUGAGGAGAAAUGGGGUGGAGGAGGGAUGCUGAAACUGUCAAUGAACAGAGAUAGGUUCUGCUGUUAUUUAUACCUUGUCAUGAGUUGAUUACUGAUUGGUCUCCACUUGUGUUAAUCAGGUUAAUGAACUGCGACUGUUCCUCCCGAACUUUGUUAUAAAACAGCAUUUUAUGCAAACUAAAAGAAAACAUUUGCCAGAAACAAAGCUCUAAACAUAUAAACAAAAGCAUUUGAAGAAACGUAUUCUUCUAUAAUGUCUAUAAUAUGCAAAAAAGGUAUCUCUCAAGGUGCACUAAGAUAAAUCAGGUUGGUAGUAGGCCUGUCUCGAUAACAGCUUUUUGUUGUGCAAUAUAUUGUCCCAGCAAUAAUUGUGAUAAAUAAUAUUAUUGUAAUUUUAAGACCAUUUUAAGACCAUCAUAAUAUAAAAGCAUAACAAUGCAAGAAGACCUACAUACUUUCAAAUGACAAAAAACUUUAUAUUCAGAUACCUUAAAAACUUGAAUAAAUAGUAAAUAAACAUUUUCUAAAAAAACGGCAAAGUAACAAGUAGAAAAAAGAAAUAUUCUUUUUUUUUUUUUUUUGAACUAGCACCAACUACACCAUGUUAUGUACGAGAAGCUGCAAAGACACUGGCGCAAGUGGAAUGCAAAAAACAUGGUGACAUUAAUGUUUAAGUAAAUAUAAUGGGCGAUACAUUGUCACUAAAAUUUAUUGAGGUCAUGUACAUAUAUUGUGUGAUAAGUCGAUAUAUUGAUUAUUGCGACAGGCCUAUCAGGUAGACUUAGUUCCCACAGUAUUUUCUCUCAGCUAGACAGUGGAGAUUGAUUAUGAGUGUGUGUGUCUUUUCUUGAGGUCAUGUACAUGGCAAUUAUCAGAAUCAGAGAUUCAGAAUCAGAAUUCUGAUUCUGAUUCUGAUUCUGAUUACAUCGUCUGUUCUGAUCUGAUCUUGCCUUGUGAGAGGUGACUCAUCUGAUGUACUGAGAUCAGCAUGUGGCCUUUUCUUAAUAGACUGCUGUUACAUCGCCAUCAUAAGCAAGUGUCAUUGAAUCAGUGUUUCAUGUAUGAAUUCCAAGACACUGGUAAUACACAUCUUUAGUUGCUUUAAGAAGGUUAAAACUGAAUACUUGAGCUGUUUAGAUUACCAGAUCUUUGUGUGUUUUGCAUGUAUUCUUUUAUUAAAAUAUUCACAAAUGACUUUGGUGCAUUUGAAGUGAUUUUUAUUUUUAUUUUAUACAUUUUUUUUGUCAGUAGACCUGUCUUGGGUCAGGAAGGUCAGUUCCUGUUCAGGUCUUAUGUCUGGUCUGCAUGUUAGAGGUUAUAGUGAUGUGAAUGCGAAAGCUUCAGAGUGGACUUUUUUUUUUAAUCUGUGCAUAAAAGGAAGGAUUUGUUUUCCAUUAGAUAAAAGUGCUGACAUAAUAUAGUCAAGUCACCUUUAUUUAUAUAGCCUAGUGCUUUAUACAAUACAGAUUGUGUCAAAACAGCUAUAUAGUGCCGCCAUAUGCCUUAUUUUAUGCCUUAGUUUUGUAUUAUUUUCAUUCUACCAAAGUGUUUUUGAUUUGUAAAACAGCAUAAAUAAAAUGCAUUCUUUGUC